AUGAAUUCGCUUUUUGUCCUCGGGGCUGGGCUUUUGGCGCUGAUUGGAUUGACUUCUGCUGUCGUUUUCCCGGCUGCUCAACAAACCCAAAUUCUUGCUGCGCACAACACGUUCCGUACAAAAAUGAAGCCACUGCUAAUACUAGCUUUACUUCGCGUGGCAACCGGUCGUCUGGUGAGGAUGCCUUCGUUUGCUGGAGGAAGAGGGCCGGAUAUCGUGCAAAAGCUGAGGGAGCUGUUCAAGGGCAAUAUAUUUAAAACAGUCGGCGGAUCAGUAACACACGGAGGACUGGUUGGUGCGGCGAUUGAAGCCCUCAUCGAUAUCCUCCCAGGCGAUAAUGACAAAGAGGUGAAACACACGCUUCGUUCUUCCCCAUGCGUUUCACGAUCAACGAUGCCCACAUUCUCCAUCAAUUUCAAGUGUGUCGCACGACAAUUGUCGCGUUGCCCCCUAGCC